GCUCUGCAAUCACCAAAACUCCCAAACCCAAGACAGCGAAGCACAGCGGAAACAAUGUUCACAGGCAUCGUCGAGACUGUUGGCACCGUCUCCAAGCUCGUGGAGCUCGAUGAGUCUUCCAGUGGAGGUGGGGGAACUUCCCUGACCAUUAGCGACUGCGCCGAGAUAUUGGUCGAUUGCCAUUUGGGCGACAGCAUCAGCGUCAAUGGAACCUGCUUGACUGUUACGGAGUUCAGCAAGAAUGAAUUCAAGGUAGGCUGUGCGCCAGAGACUCUGCGAAGGACGAACCUGGGCAAGUUGAAGGAGGGCAGUGGGGUCAAUUUGGAGCGCGCUGUGAGUGCGAGUACGAGGAUGGGAGGACACUUUGUGCAAGGGCAUGUGGACACUGUUGCUGUGAUUGCGGAGAAGAGGCCGGAUGGCAAUGCCAUCACCUUUCGCCUGCAGCCUCGCGACAAGAGCGUGCUACGAUAUAUCGUCGAGAAGGGCUAUGUGACGCUUGAUGGCGCUUCACUUACCGUCACGGCUGUCAACGAUGAAGAGGGGUGGUGGGAGAUCAUGAUGAUUGCCUACACGCAAGAGAAGGUGGUUAUGGCUGCGAAGGAAAAGGGCGAGGAUGUGAAUGUGGAGGUCGACAUGGUCGGCAAAUAUGUCGAAAAGAGUGUAGCUGCAUACUUUGAAGGCAGCGGUGCCACUGGAGGUGCAAUGCUCGAAAAAAUGGUCCAGAAUAUUGUCAAGGGCACACAAUGAAGCUGUGUUGUGAAGAAUUUCGAUCCGUUUGGAACUUACUAGUGAAUGGACAGAUGAAGUGAAU